AGCUACACAUGGGUGGGUGGGUCGUCGGUGUAUCUGCCCCGCUGUCUGUCUGUCAUGUGGGUGUGCUGGGCGCCUCCCCAGGAUGCAGGUGCACCUGCACACGAACGAGUGCAAAUGAACCAACAAAACACAACACACCACAUCCAUCGAACGAGUAGCUGCUCCCUGCCCACAGACACGUACCUGGUUCUGUAUGGCCUUGAGCCGCUCGAUGGCCGCCCGCCGGCCGUCCUCCUCGGCCACCAACACCGGACUUUCCAUCAGACUACCCAAAUACCCUACUAGCUGCAGCCACACACACACACACACACAUUAACAUGGACCAUCUGCCACCCCUAUCUUUCGUCUUUUGCGGCGCACCUGCGUCUUGUUGGCAUAUUUGUAGAGGUUGAAGAAGCCCACCGGCUCCUCGGGCUCGUCCUCCGAAAUGGUCGAGUCGGCCAGGUAGUCGCCCAGCAGCCGCAGCCACACCUCGUGCGCCUGCCGGGCGGCGUACUGGCAGCGGGCGCGCAUCUCGCUGGGUCGCAUGGCGUUGUGGUGUGAGCGGUGGUGGUGGGCAUGGUUGUGUGGCGGUGUGUCGAUGUCCAUGUGGUGGAGGUCGUCGGGCAGAGGGAGCAGGUUGAGGCGGUCGAGCAGCGUGGGCAUGAUGUAGGUCAGCCAGAAGGAGAAGCGCUCCUGCACCUUGCCCACCUCGGCAAACACCGCUCUGCAAACCCAGAGAGAGAGGGAGAUACGGAGGACGGUAUGACCAUCCUGUGUGUCUGUCUGUGCGUCUGUGCGUACUUACUUGUCUUGCCGGAACUGUUCCGUAAGGACGAACUGGGUGGUGAGCACCGUGUAGACCAACUGAGCACACACACGACAUACAACACACAACAUCUGACACAACCAUCCACCACAUCCACUUCACCGCUUCUUACCUCGUUGAUGUCGUCCCCCUGGUGCUUAUUGCCGUCACGCAGGAUCUCAACCCACUUGUCCAGCUACACUCACCAACAUGCGACACACCACAACACAGUACAUCUAGAUAAGGAAGAUACACACAGCUGGCCAUACCUUGUCUAAGAUGGUGUUGACAUAGUGUCGAACGGGGCGGACACGGAGUGGGUUGUCUGCCGUCCUGUUGUUGAACCUGACCUCCUCCUCGACAGUGAUGCUGUCGUUCAAAGAUCUGUAGACACACGCGCAAAAAAGACACACGGCCUUACAAACAGUCAGUCUUCUUACUCGACGACUUCGAUGCCAGGCUCUCCCUCGACAAAUGUAAGGGCGGGCGACCGACACACGGAUAGCCAGAGGCACACGAACCACGAAAUCGAUGUCGGUGUCCCGCCUCCCUCUCAUGGCCACCCUUUGAGAACACCGACGAGGACGCAGAUGAAAACGAAGGCGAAGAACAUACAAACGAAGGCGUGACUAACUGCAAAAGGGAGAGGGAAAACAAGGAAAAGGCAACACACAGAAAACAGCAAGAAAACAGUGCACAUGACAGCCCAGCCCACUACUUGGGCUACAUACUUGAAGCCGGCCGGUGAUGCGAACUUGUCCAUUGGGGAUGUUUAGGUACUGUAUUGUGAAGACGAGGUAGUAUUCGAACAGGAUGGUGAUGUGGCUGUUUGUGUAGUGGUUCCGGGCCUAAAAAUUCAAGCAAUACCCGUAUAUCUCCCGGUGGUCUAUCAAUGGGAUGAUGUGCUGAUGCGCGGGCGGCAUCACAAAAAACCAGUUGGCAGUGGCAUCACGUCCGACAUGCGGAUGCCAUCGCGAGGCGGCAUGGCGGUGGCGCUGGCGCUGGCAGCCGAGAGGACGAGGGCGACAAGGGAUGCGAGGCGGAUGGCGGUCAUGUAAAACAAGGCAACAAAUUCGCCAAAGGACGAAAAAGGAGAGAGGAAAAAAGAAAAAAGGGAAGGAGGGGGCGUCUCAGAUUCUCGCGUCUCGAAUUCUCGACGGCAGCCAACCGGGAAGUCCACAACAACAGGAUCCCUCCGGGGUUACAGACACGAGUCUCGUUAAACACACUAACCAACCAACCA